GCCGCCGCCGCCGCGGGCCGCGGCUGCUCUCCCAAGAUGGCGGCUCCUCCGGGCGAGUAUUUCAGCGUUGGGAGCCAGGUGUCGCGCCGCCGGACGUGCCAGGAGCAGUGGCUGCAGGGCGAGGUGGUAGCCUUCGACUACCAGUCCGAAAUGCUGGCUCUAAAAUGUCCCUCUUCCAGUGGAAAGCCCAACCAUGCAGACAUCUUGCUUAUAAACUUACAAUAUGUUUCAGAAGUGGAAAUAAUUAAUGAUCGAACAGAAACCCCUCCUCCCCUAGCUUCGCUCAAUGUUAGUAAGCUUGCCAGCAAAGCACGGACGGAGNAAGGGCAGUCCUACUUAGAGAUUAUUGAGGGUAUCAAUAAGGGAGAUUCUGAAAUGAGCUCUUUCUAA